CGAUGACGUCGUUGUAACUACAAAAGUUUCAAAUUAUCGCAUCGGCAGGGAGAUGUCAGUAAUAAACAGUAAGAUAAAGCCAACGAGUUCUAUACGUGUUGUAGAGCCGAGCUUUACGGGUCCCAUAGAGAACGUCACAGGCGCUCUCGGCAAGGAAGCUGUACUGACGUGCCCAAUUGCUGACCUUGGAGAUUAUAUGGUUGCGUGGAUCACGGCGGACGACCAGACAGUGCUCUCCCUCCAAACGAAACUUGUCAGGCACAGCACUCGAUACUCUAUAACUAAUGAUCCCCCGGGAGCGUGGCAGCUGCACAUACGACAACUGAGAAUCGCGGAUCGGGGAUGCUAUAUGUGUCAAAUAAAUACAGCGAAAAUGAAAAAACAAAUAGGAUGUAUAGACGUCUUGGAGCCUCCAAAUAUUUUGGAUGAAGGUACGAGUAGUGACGUCACAGUACAGGAAAAUACAGACGUAGUAGUAAUAUGUAAAGCAAGCGGCCAUCCUGAACCCAGAAUAUUGUGGCGAAGAGAAGACGGAAGUAAUAUUCUACUGAGGAACGAAGCAGGUGUCUUGAGUAAGGUUGAUAACUUCGUGGGCCCCGUGUUAAACAUCACAAGGGUCGAUCGCAAACAGAUGGGAGCGUACCUCUGCAUCGCCUCCAACGAUGUUCCGCCCUCCGUAAGCAAGCGGAUUAUGGUCGCUGUUAAUUUUGCUCCAACGAUAAAAGUAAAAUCAAAAGUUGUUAGGGUAACAACUGGCUCCAAUGCAAAUCUUGAUUGCAUCACCGAGGCAAAUCCUGCUGCUAAUACUUAUUGGCUCAAAAGUGGAGAUGAAAUGAUUUUAUCUGGUGAAAAAUUCGAAAUGUUUGAACAACGUCUCUCAGCAUAUCAGAUGCAGGCGACUUUAUUCAUAAGGGAUUUAACAACUGACGAUACGGGAGUGUACACAUGCUACUCUUCAAAUGCGUUUGGUAAAGCUGAAGGCACUAUCAGACUUUAUGAAAUAAAAACAACAACUACAACAACGACUACAACAACCACAACAACAACAACGACAACUGAACCGCCGACAACAAAAGAAAUUUCAACUACGACGACUACAGAUUACACGUCGCUGACACAUUUGAUGGCACCAAUACGUCCUGCUCAACAAAAGUAUUACACCCCGGACGCUAUUUAUGGUACUAUGCAGAAUGUCAUCGACCAAUCUGUCUUGGACGCAAGUCUAUUUCCGUCUGCUGAGUCGACAUGUUCAAAAGCUAGUCGUAUUUCACCAAACAAUAAUAUACUAUAUCAUUUAUCACCAAUUUUAUGUAAGACUACUGACUUAGAUUUAGUACUAGUUAUUACUGUAAUAAAUUGUGGUAUAUUUGGCAUAUUAUUAGACGAAAUUAGAUGA